GCUUUGAAGACUGCAGCCUCUACGACCAUGUCUGCCAAGUCGGUAUUUCAAGAGGAGAAAAAUCCACGGGGUAUUCCAAAAGCUCCAUUCAUCGCAAAUGUCGAAGAAUAUCUGGGAGGCCCAGAUGGCGCGGUUGAGGGUCCCCUGAAGAAUUUCCAGGAUGCUAUCGCGAAGUAUCGAUAUAUGGAUGCCAACCUAACACAACGACGAAAAGGUCUGGAAGACAAGAUCCCCGAUAUCAGAAAGACAUUACAUAUGGUGGAGUUCCUGCAAGAACAAAGAGAAGGCAAGAACAAGGACGACGAUUUGGAGGAUGAUCUCAGCGACGAGGAAAAUUCCGACAAUUCCAAAAAGCCGCUUACCACAACGUUCGAAUUAAACGACACGCUUUUCGCAGAAGCGGAACUCGAGGACACUGACACCGUCUAUCUAUGGCUAGGGGCGAAUGUUAUGCUAUCGUACAAGUUGUCAGAGGCUGCGUCGCUCCUGCGAUCCAAAUUGGAUCUUGCAGAGGCCAGCUUAAAAGCUACGAUCGAAGACUUGGAGUUUAUGCGAGAGCAGCUGACGGUGAUGGAAGUCAACACUGCUAGAGUUUAUAAUUGGGAUGUCAAGCGGAGAAGAGAGCGUCGACUAGCCGGAGAAGGCAAUGGAAAGAAGGGCAGCUAGCAUUUACCUAAAGUCGGGCAGAAUCUUCAAGCUUCAAUGCCCGUUCAGGGAGCCUAUAAUUUGCAUACCCAAACCCUUGUAUUACAUACGGCCAACAAGAGUAAGAAUGCCGUAUCACUAGUCACUGCCAGUAGGAUUCAUAAUUCAUUGAACCAUGCCUUACUUCGGUACCGUCGCUCCUCGUUUGUCUAGGGUUAUCGCCGUUCAUAUCGACU